CGAGCAUCUUUUCUUCAAAAACGUCUUCUGAAAUCUCUUCAAAACAUCGGAAGAUUUUUAUUUACUGUUUACUUUUGAACACCAAUUCUUUCCCUUCUUUUUUCAAAGCAUACCGAGUCAAUUGGACCAUUGAUUUGAAUUCUUUACAAAAUGCCUCUUCUUCCAGGUGAGUAGUAGAAUGUGAAUGUCGGCUUGUUUGCCGUGUUGUGGUAUUGCGAAAUCAUUUAUCUAACUUGCGCCACAGUCGCUAUGUAUGGCCUUGAGGUCCCAGCAGGAGAUAUUAUUAUUCCUGCCGUUCCAGAUUUCCCAGCUACCGUAUGUUUCAUCCUGCUUUUACCAUUUUCAUGUUGCUGUCGCUCUCGCUGUUCCCCUUACCAAGCAGGCUUCACUGGAGACUACAGAUAUUAAUGAUGCAAUGUUUAGUUCCGCAUUACCAUGGCAGCAAUCGACCCAACUGAACCUGCCGAUGAUGUCAAAGAUGGUGUCAAACCUCGCGCGACCUUGAAAAUCAUUCGCCAAUCAAGUGGUGGAGAUGACGAGGACAGUGAAGAUGAAGGUUCGGAUGAUUUAUUACGUGCUUUGUUGGCAGAUGGUGACUCUGGAUCAGAUGAAGACAGUGAAGAUGAUGACGAAGAAGCCAACGGUGGACCAAGCGAUCCUUCCAAGUCCAAAAAGGCCCAAAAGCAAGCCGCACUCAAGGAGCUCCUGGCUUCCAUCGGCAAAGAUGAUUCCGACGAAGAAAUGGAGGACGCUUCCGCCAAAAAGGUCGCUAAAAAAGGAAAGUCCAAGGCCGCCAGCGAUGAUGAAGAGGAAAGCGAAGAGGAGAGCGACGAUGGUGAAGAUAUUGAGAUUGAGGAAUAUGUUCUCUGCACUCUCGACCCUGAAAGCGUAUGUUUCCAAGACUGCCUAUUCAACAAAUCAUGCUAAUCGAAAACAGCACUACCAACAACCUCUGGACAUCACCAUUGGUGAAGAUGAGACCGUUUUCUUCAAGGUUACCGGUACUCACACAAUCUACCUUACUGGUAACUACGUGAUCCCAGAUGAUAACGGACAUAACCAUCACCACGAAGUUUACGACUCCGAUGAGGAAGAUGAUGAAGACUAUGACCUCUCUCCAGAUGAGGAUGAGCUCGAACUCGAGAUGGACUCGGAUGAGAGCGAUGAGCUUGAUGCCGCCCGCAUUACCGAGGUCGACUCCGAUGAAGAGGAAGCCCCGAAGCUUGUCAAGGCUGAGAAGAAGGGUAGGAACAAGCGCUCCGCCGACGAACUCGAGGAGGCUGCAUCCCUCGAUGCCAUUAUGGCUAAGGAAUCCGCUGCUGAAGAGCCAAAGCUGAGCAAGAAGCAACAAAAGAAGUUGAAGAAGAACAAUGGCGAUGCUGCCCCUGUCAAGGCAGAGGAGACCAAGAAGGAUGCGGCUAAGGACGAGAAGGCUGAUAAGAAAGUCCAGUUCGCCAAGAACCUCGAGCAAGGACCUACCGGAUCAGCCGCGCCUAAGGUUGACGCAAAAAAGCCUGCAUUGGGUGUCAGAACCGUUGAUGGAGUAAAGAUCGAUGACAAGAAGCUUGGUACUGGUCCAGUCGCCAAGAAGGGUAACAGAGUUGGCAUGCGCUACAUUGGAAAAUUCACAGAUGGCAAGGUCUUUGACUGUAAGUUCAUAUCCACUCGGGUAUUUGAGAUCUUCUAACGCUUUAAAUUUAGCAAAUAAGAAAGGCAAGCCUUUCUCCUUUAAGCUUGGUGCCGGCGAGGUCAUCAAGGGUUGGGACAUUGGUGUUGCCGGCAUGGCAGCUGGUGGAGAACGAAGAUUGACUAUCCCAGCACACCUUGCAUACGGCAGCAAAGGUGUCCCUGGUAUCCCAGGUAACUCUACUUUGACCUUCGAUGUCAAGCUUCUUGAGAUCAAGUAAACAUCAUUGUCGUUUGAAUAGGCAAGCUUUGAUCGUCUUAUUGUACUAACUCUAUGUUGCUGCAAUAUCUCGAGGCUGGUGGUGACUUCAUUUCUCACAUCUACUGUACUACUUUCUCUUUACUUCCAUGUAUUUCUUUGGCACUUGUGAUUUCAUGAUGUUUACAUGAAACACGAAGUGGAAAUGUAAUGUUUUUGCAUAAGUCUCCGACCUGAGCAGUUCUCUGUUUAACAGGGCAGACUACGCAAGAUGAGAUGAGGAGGUUUGCAUUGCCUUACAGGCUAUUUCUAAAAAAAGUUCAAUCAGGUCUUUACAUAGGAGAACUUGCUUUAAUCGGUUAGCUCAUAAUAAACAAAAACUACUAUAUCUAAAUCCAAUGUCGU